GCCGUCAUGUUUUGGACGAUCCUACUGCUACUCAGCGGGAUCCUGUUGUUAUAUUUCUUUUCCAGCAGAACGCGCUCCAAUAGAGAACCACCUUUGGACAAAGGAGCUAUUCCAUGGUUGGGACAUGCGCUGGAUUUUGGAAAGGAUGCUGCCAAAUUUUUAACAAGAAUGAAAGAAAAACAUGGAGACAUAUUUACGGUUCGUGUGGCUGGACGUUAUGUUACUGUCUUAUUGGAUCCCAAUUCCUACGAUGCUGUAUUUGAGGACGUAACAUCUCUAGACUUUACUCGAUAUGCUCAGGUGCUGAUGGAACGGAUUUUUAAUUUGAGGCUUCCAAAUUACAAACCUGACAAAGAAAAGGCCAUAAUGAUAAGGCAUUUUCAUGGAAAGAGCCUAUUAAGCUUAAACCACGUCAUGGAGAACCACCUGCGAACGCUGCUAACACUGGAAACCGGUGCCCUAAACCAGUCCGACUGGAAACAAGACGGGCUCUUCAACUUCUGCUACAGCCUGAUGUUUAGAGCUGGGUAUCUGACAAUCUUUGGAGGAGAACAAAACAACAAUAGUGCUGAUGCUGCCAGCGUUUAUACAGAGUACCACAAAUUUGAUGCCCUCUUGAUGAAGAUGGCUCGCAACACUCUAAAGUCUGGGGAGAAGCAGACUUCUGGCUCAGCUAAGCAGAGGUUAUGGAAGUUGCUGGCACAAGCUGGAUUGAGGCAGGACUCCAGUUCGUGGCUUCAGAGUUACAGACAACACUUGCAGACAGAGGGCGCUGAUGAGGAGACACAGAGAAAGGCCAUGCUGCUACAGCUUUGGGCCACGCAGGGUAAUGUUGGCCCUGCUGCUUUCUGGCUCCUGGCUUUCCUACUGACCCACUCAGAGGCCAUGAGGGAAGUGAAAAAUGAGUUUAAAAUUGUCAGAGUGCCUGGAACCAACACACUUGACCCCCAGCAAAAGACACCUGUGUUUGACAGCGUUCUGGAAGAGACUCUUCGCCUGACUGCUGCCCCUUUCAUCACGCGAGAGGUCCUGCAGAACAAGACACUGCGUAUGGCAGACGGACAAGAAUACGAUCUGAGGAAGGGUGACCGUGUUUGUCUGUUUCCUUUUAUUAGUCCACAGAUGGACCCUCAAAUACAUCUUGAACCUGAGAAAUUCAAGUAUGACAGGUUUCUAAUGGCAGAUGGAACAGCAAAAAUAGACUUCUUUAAAGGUGGGAGGAGGCUGAAGUAUUACACCAUGCCUUGGGGAGCAGGGACGAAUGCGUGUGUGGGAAAACCAUUUGCCAUCCAGUCCAUCAGACAGUUUGUGUUUCUGGUUCUGUUCCAUCUGGACAUUAAGCUGCACGACCCUGAAGCUCAGGUGCCUGAAGUGGAUGUCAGUCGCUAUGGUUUUGGUAUGCUACAGCCUAACAAGGAGCUUCAAAUCCGAUACAGAUGCAGGGAGCACCGUUUUAUCUGAUAACAAACUACCUGUACCAAUUACCUGGCUCACCUAUACAUAUUUAUUUCACAUUUUUAAUGGUGUUUGCAUAUGACUGUACAUAAUUGUGUGUGUGUGUGUGUGUGUGUGUGUGUAUAUAUAUAUAUAUAUAUAUAUAUAUAUAUAGUAAAUUCUUUGUAUAUUAACAAAGUAUCUUACUGUUACUGAUACUGUUGAUCCAGUUUUAGACAUCAAUAAAAUGCUUUAAAAAAUUUUUCCUAACAUCACUAUGCUUCACUCACUUCAAAUAAUGUGAAACCUUUUUUGUGGCACUCUGUAUUUAUAAAUAUAGUGUCUAGUUUUAACCAUAUUUGCAGCAUAAAUGUUUGAUUACAGGCCAGAGGGCUUCUAAUACAUGUUCUAAUUGUAGGCACUAAUCCUAAAGCUGUACUAAAUAAGAACAGAACAUGAGGAUCCCUUGAUUUACUGUCUCAAGCUCUGUCA